AUGUUGGCAGUAAUUCUUUUAGUGUGCACAACGGUUCUAGCAGGAAUCGGCCCGAAAACGGCCUGUGACCCACCGAUACCCGGCUGUAGCACGUGCGCAACGCCUCCUGGGGGCGAGCAGACAUGCACGGGCUGUGCGACGGUCGGACAGAAGGUCCAGCCGAACGGAAAGGGCUGCAUAGCGAAGUGCCCCGAUAACGCAAACGAGGCAGGAGGAAUCUGCACGUGCACGGAGACGUACCAGCCGUCAGAGGACGGGCUCACGUGUGUCCUGAAAACGGCCUGUGACCCACCGAUACCCGGCUGUAGCACGUGCGCAACGCCUCCUGGGGGCGAGCAGACAUGCACGGGCUGUGCGACGGUCGGACAGAAGGUCCAGCCGAACGGAAAGGGCUGCAUAGCGAAGUGCCCCGAUAACGCAAACGAGGCAGGAGGAAUCUGCACGUGCACGGAGACGUACCAGCCGUCAGAGGACGGGCUCACGUGUGUCCUGAAAACGGCCUGUGACCCACCGAUACCCGGCUGUAGCACGUGCGCAACGCCUCCUGGGGGCGAGCAGACAUGCACGGGCUGUGCGACGGUCGGACAGAAGGUCCAGCCGAACGGAAAGGGCUGCAUAGCGAAGUGCCCCGAUAACGCAAACGAGGCAGGAGGAAUCUGCACGUGCACGGAGACGUACCAGCCGUCAGAGGACGGGCUCACGUGUGUCCUGAAAACGGCCUGUGACCCACCGAUACCCGGCUGUAGCACGUGCGCAACGCCUCCUGGGGGCGAGCAGACAUGCACGGGCUGUGCGACGGUCGGACAGAAGGUCCAGCCGAACGGAAAGGGCUGCAUAGCGAAGUGCCCCGAUAACGCAAACGAGGCAGGAGGAAUCUGCACGUGCACGGAGACGUACCAGCCGUCAGAGGACGGGCUCACGUGUGUCCUGAAAACGGCCUGUGACCCACCGAUACCCGGCUGUAGCACGUGCGCAACGCCUCCUGGGGGCGAGCAGACAUGCACGGGCUGUGCGACGGUCGGACAGAAGGUCCAGCCGAACGGAAAGGGCUGCAUAGCGAAGUGCCCCGAUAACGCAAACGAGGCAGGAGGAAUCUGCACGUGCACGGAGACGUACCAGCCGUCAGAGGACGGGCUCACGUGUGUCCUGAAAACGGCCUGUGACCCACCGAUACCCGGCUGUAGCACGUGCGCAACGCCUCCUGGGGGCGAGCAGACAUGCACGGGCUGUGCGACGGUCGGACAGAAGGUCCAGCCGAACGGAAAGGGCUGCAUAGCGAAGUGCCCCGAUAACGCAAACGAGGCAGGAGGAAUCUGCACGUGCACGGAGACGUACCAGCCGUCAGAGGACGGGCUCACGUGUGUUCCGAAGGCAGGGGCCUGCAAUACUCCCAACUGCAAGGCCUGUGAUAACCCGAAGACUGACAGAGAGGUCUGCACUGAAUGUAAUGACAACAAUUAUCUCACUCCAACAAACCAGUGCAUACCUGACUGCACGACCAUCAGCGGAUACUAUGGAGAUACUGACAGGAAGUGUAAGGCAUGCAGCCCUGAGUGCGCUGAGUGCGUUGGGCCAGCCAACAAUCAGUGUAGUGCUUGUCCUGCUGGCAAGGCAUUAAUAUACAAAAGUAGUGAUCCUGUGCAAGGGGGCACCUGCGGGGAUGCGUGUACGGCGGACAAGAACGGAUGUAAGGUCUGUGGGGCAAGGAUCGGCGGGACAGACUACUGCUCCCAGUGCUCAGUGGAUAAUCAGGCUCCUCUGAACGGGGUCUGUACAACAAGUAACGCACGAGUAGCUUUCUGUACUGAAAUGAAUAAUGGAGCAUGUAUCAAAUGCGCCGCUAACUACUUCCUCAAGGAAGGCGGCUGCUAUGAAACUACCAAGCAGCCAGGCAAACAGAUAUGCACAUUAGCUGAUAGCAGGGGUAAGUGCGAAACAUGUGCUAAUAGUCUUCGGCCCAAUGAUGGAGCAUGCCCCUCGUGUCAUUCAACCUGUAAUACAUGUUCAGCUGCAGAUAGCUCUGACCAGUGUACGUCAUGCGCAGCUGGGUACUAUAUGGUCGGAUCAGCAGCUGGACCAUGCACUUCGUGUGACAGCAACAGUGGAAGUGUCAAGGGAGUUGCUGGCUGCAUGAGCUGCGCUCCUCCAUCGUCUAGUACUGGCUCCGUUCUCUGCUACCUCAUGAACGGUGACAGUGCCGGUGGUAGCACGAACAAGAGCGGGCUCUCCACUGGCGCCAUCGCGGGGAUCUCCGUCGCAGUCAUCGUCGUUGUGGGGGGUCUCGUGGGCUUCCUCUGCUGGUGGUUCCUCUGCAGGGGGAAGGCGUAG